AUGGUGCUGUGGGCAAAGGCCAGAGCAUGGAUGGCAGGGCCCUGGCUGUCCCUGUGGGGGGCACACCCACUGGGCACCAGAGCCGCUGCAGCCCCCCAGGCAGUGCUGCCCUUCGAAGCCAUGCCCCGGUGUCCCGGCAACAAGUGGAUGCGGAUGCUGCAGAUAUGGAAGGAGCAGGGCUCUGAGAACAUGCACCUGGACAUGCAUCAGACCUUCCAGGAGCUGGGGCCCAUUUUCAGGUACGACGUGGGAGGGAGACACGUGGUGUUUGUGAUGCUGCCCGAGGACGUGGAGAGGCCGCAGCAGGCGGACAGCCGUCACCCCCAGCGGAUGCUCCUGGAGCCCUGGCUGGCCUACCGAGAGGCUCACAGGCACAAGUGUGGCGUGUUCUUGCUCAGUGGUAGUGCCUUAAAGAAGCCCGAUGCCAAGAACCGGAACGCCCUCUAUGUUCCCUGUGCCGCCGAGGUCUGGUUUGAGGCCGUGUCGUCCCUUGCCCAGGGGCUGUCGCUUUCCUAG